UAAGGGAUAAAUAAAAUGUAACUGCUAUAAAUUUUUAUCGAAAAAAUUCGUGAACUGCCCCUAAUAUAUUUGCGAAAAUGACUAGAUUAAUGUAAUGAAUUUUAAGUAAUGCAAUACCUUUAAAUGUCAUAUUUCAUAAUAUUAUUCAAGUAUUAUGUUAUACAUAAUUAAAUACAUAAGUUAAACGAAAACAGUUACAAAUAAUUCUUUAUAUAACUACCAUUUUAUAAUUGCUACAAGGUUAAUCAAGAUAAAUUUAGUCAAUUGGUGCAGAGAGAUAUGAACAUAGAUUAUAUUAAUGUAAUUUGUGUUACGAAGAACACCUCAUUAAAAUGGCUACUUACAUAGAAGAUAUACCAAAAGUAGUAGUAGAAAAUUUAGAAUCCAAUUUUAAUUCAGACAUUAAAGAAAAUGAACAGGGCAAUAAUAAUACUCAAUUACAACAACCAUAUUCUACUUCUAGAAAUAAAAGUCCUGUAACAGUGCAAGAAUGGGUAGAUUCAAUACCUACUGUUCCAGCAAAGGAUGAAUAUGAUCACAUUGAAUUAUAUACACCUCAUACUGUUGUUGAAAUAGAUAAUCUUACAUUGGGUGCAGAAGCUGGUCAUUUGUCUAGAAUUUUACCAAUACCAAAUGUUACCAUUACAACUGAAAAUGAUGUAGUUCAUGCUCCAUCAGAAGCAGGUAGCCAAACUUCAAGUUUUGAUUCUAAAAUAUUAAAUGCUCGUAAACCUGACCCAGAAGAGAUUUUGCUUGGUCUUGGUUUUGGUGGGGGAAUUGAUUCAUUUAAUUAUGGUGAAAAUGGUCGUGUUCCAAAAAGAUUUCUCCAACCAUCUCAAUUAAAAGGUGUUUCUGUUGAAGAUUAUUUAAAACAUCAACAAGAAUUGAUUUAUAUGUAUGAAUCAGGGUUAUGGGGUUACCGCGGUUUGACAGGUCCGUCUCAUGCAAAUCCUUCUAUGAUAGUAGCAAAAAUAAUGGAGAAACUUAAAGAUCAUGAACGAGGUGUAAAUUUACCAAAAAUCACUCCUAAUGUAAUAGUUUCACCAGUGACUCAGCCAUUACAGAUGGUAAACAAUAAUGAAAAACCAAUUCCAAAUAGGUUCAGCAAAACGGCUAAGAAUAUUCUGACAAAAAUUAGGGUGAAAUUAAUUCGAAAUGGAUUGGAAAAAAUUAUUGAUUGUGAGUGUACUCCUGGUAGUGUUCUUUCACCUGAUAAUAGAAAAUGGCUAGAUAAUCAAGGAGGGGACAAAUCCCCUGAAAUGUCUAGAAGAUUGAUCAUUGGUCAACAAUCAUUUGUUUUUACACGAGAGGGUGCUCUGAUUGAAUCAAGACCAUCAAAUGUAGUAAAUGAUUGUGAAAACUAUUCAGUUAUAUCCAAAAAAAAAGAUGUUAUGGAACUAUCUUGUCCAGUUAUUAACCAAUGUUCUGAUAAAUUAGAUAAUGAAACUCCUGUGUUGUUCAAAGUAGGGUCAAUAACUUCAAUUAACUCAGUUAUCCAAUCUUCAAUGAACAUGCUAAAUAAAGAAUACAGCCCAGAGAGAGAUUUAGAAGACUUGUUGUCUGUUGUUGAACCUUGUCAAGAUGUCAGUAAAGCAAAUUCAGAAGUUGACUCCGGUGCAGCAUCUGAAAUUGCUGAUACAUUGAGUUCACAAAAGUUUGAAUCAAAUGAAAGAAUUGACGGACAAAAUAACAAAGCAAUUUCUUUAGUAACAUUUGAAAAUUUGAAGCAGCUGUAUGGAGAUUUGCUUAAUCUAAGAUCUAAAUUAAAUGUACUUGGUUGUCCAUUUAAUAUUAUGCCAGAAGAUCAAUUUAUGAAUCUUUCAAUUGAACAGAGAUGUGCAUUACAAUGUAAAAUUCUCAGAUUAGCUCUUCGUGUUUAUAUAAACCAACUUACUGAUGAUGAAGUGCACUAUGAGUUGAAAAACUGUUUAGGUGUAGUCGUUCAAGAUAUUGCAGAUUUAUUAGAUACAAAUUCUGAUGCGGAUAAACUGGCAAUCAUUGUGCACCAAAUGAAUGCCCUGCUUCAUCAUCAAACUCAUCUUAAUAAUCAAUUAGUAGAAUUGACUGCCAGAGCUCAAAACCCAAUAGCUUGCCAUGAUAUGUGUGAACUUAUACUUCAAAGGGUUCAAGGUCUUGAGCAACUUGUUGAACAGAACGCAAAUGACCUAGCUUUAAUGAAAGCUCAUUUAUUAAAUAAAAAUUAGAAUAAUAUAAAUAUCAAAAAUUAACUAAUUCAUUACUGUAACAGUACUUAUUGGACAAUAUAAUGGUCGUUAAUAUUUUUUUAUCAUAUAAUUAUGAAAUUCAUAAUUGUACAUAAAAUAAAUUAACAUUUAUUCUGUGACAUAAUUUUAAAGAUUUUUAGGUAUGGUGAUUGACUUAGAAAAAUUUUUAAUUUAUCAUUUAUUAUUUUUGAUUUAUAAUUUCUUUAAUUGAUUUUAUUAGAAGAUAUUUAUAUCUUCCAAUAAAAUAUAGAUGUUAUCUGAUGUACUAAAUUAAUUAUCACAUUAUCGUAACUAUUGAAUGGUCAUUGAUGCCUUAUAUGUACCUUCACUAUUUUGAUUUAUUUAUAUGCAUAUUUAUAUAUUGUUAAAUUUUAUUAUUAUAAUUUUAACAUAUUAAAGACAAUCAUAAAUUUAACUGAUUAAAACUUAUAUUAUAAAUAAUUA